UGGUCUCCAGGAUACAGAGGAAGAAAGCGUCCUCCUGUUGGACUAACGGUUACAGAGAUGCUACCAGUGGAUCGUCUCCACCUCAAACAUGUCCUGCAGACAGUUGGUGCACUGGAGGCAACUGUCCUCCGCAGCUUUGGUCCAGAGGGAGGACAGGUGCUGUUCACCCGAGACACAGGACAGGCCAUGUUGACCCGCAGUGGGACACGCAUCCUCAAAGCACUGCGGCUUGAAUCUCCACUCGCUAGGAUGGUGGUGGAGUGUGUCUGGAAGCAUAGCAGUUCAACUGGAGAUGGAUCCAAGACCUUUAUAUUGCUGCUGGCAUCAUUACUGCGAAUGAUUCAUACGAAAGCUUGCAAGGAGCCUAACGUGUCUCACACUUAUAACUCUAGGGAGGCGGCAGAAGCUGCCACUGCCAGGCGCUUUGCCGAUCAACUGCUCGCAUUUGCAUUGGAAGAAUUGGAGGAUCUCAUCGCUGUAGGAGUGGCCCCGUAUGGAUUCUGUGUGUCGUGGGAGGAUCUCUCUGCAAAAUCACAUCCACCAGCUGCUCACUCAGAACCUCACUGCGUUCAAAAGCUGCUGGCAUCAUUCUUUCACACCCGUCUCGGCCACACCCACUGUGACUUCAUUAGCAACCUCACCUGUGAAGUUCUCAGGCACUGGAUGUUUGUAAAUGACCUACCUUCCUCGGCACUUCACUUUGUAAAUGACAACUUCCCUGCCCUGCAUACGGCUGUGUCAGGCUUCCCUAUGAGCUGCUCACGUUUGAUUGAGGGGCAGGUCAUUCACAGGGACUUUGCUGUGCCCUGCCCUCGGACUGAAGACCAGCCAGUUAGAGCUGUAGUAUUCAGCGGGUACCUGCAGCCAAAAAUACUCAGUGCUGGAGAUGUGCUUAAGGUGGGAUGUGGAGGCCAAGUGACUGAUGAGAAAAGUUUUGUGGAGUUUAGUGCCUGGUCAGAACGGUCACUACAGUGCGUCAUUGCAAACCUGCAGCGUUUGGGUGUCUCUGUGCUUCUCUCUGCAGUGAAACAGUCCGCGGCUGUUCUGGCUUUAGCUGCCCAGGCACAGAUGUGUGUUGUGGAGUGCAUCAGCAAAGAUGAGCUGGCCCUCUUUGCCAAACUGAGUGGAGCCACACCAGUGUCCGAGUGCUGGACGAUUGAAUCACGGAAUGUUUCUACUCUGACCUUUUGCCGGCCAAUACUACUGGGAGCACAUAGAUACGUUCACGUGGCUUUCCAGGAUUUAGAGAAGACUCUCACAGUGGAACCCAUGAGUCUGGUCAUUUGUGGCGCAGGGGAAGGCCAGACAGACCAGGUCGCAUGUGCAUUUCAAGAUGCCAUCCGCAUGCUACUUGUAACUUUCCAGCCAAUUGGACACUCAACUACAGCAUCAAAAAGGACAUACCAGUUUCCUGAUAGCACAUCCUCACCUGCAUCUGAUCAUUCUGAUAGAACCACCCACACAUCCUCCAAUGCAACUCUCUCUCAGCAGUGUGUGUUGGAACCAGGCUGUGUUAUACCUGCCGGCGGAACAUUCGAGUUUCUCUUAAAUCAUGCCCUCUUACAACAUGCCCGCUGUCGCUGUGUUUUUAAUGGUACAAACAUGAGUACCCCUGCUGUUUCCCAGCUCUUGGCAAGUGCUCUCCUGAGUGUACCACAACAGAUUUACUCCCACAGUGGGCGACACUUCCUACAGAUUCAAACCAGGAUCCUCGGUUUUCUUCCAAAAGAUUCCCACACGUUCAGCCUCCUUUCUAAACCACAACCCAGCACAAGUAUCGUACAGGCUUGUUGUACUAGUGAAUUUCCUGCAGCGGGUUGUAAACUGAGCAUGCAUUGUUGGAGAAAGACUGACGUUUUAUCCAAAGCUUUUAUGUUGGACUCGGGCCUUGAAUCUGUCUCUUGCAAAUACCAGCUGCUUCUGGCCGUACUGCAGUGUGUCAGGAGUGUCCUCCGGGUGGACAUGGUGCUGCACACACACUCUGCCUUGCACGCACAGUCACGCAGACCCACAGACGUUUCCUCGGAGGGCUCAGAGGAUGAGGCUGAAGAUUGAGAUUGUAUUGUGUCCCGUGUUAAAAACUAUAAACAUAUUUUUUCUUGGCACUCUGGUGUCAUUCAGAAGUUAUUAUUUGCACUUGGCUGCUACAUUUUAAAGAAAUGUUAUAGCCACAUUAUUUUCUGGUUGUCCAACUGCAAUAUAUUUGUAAUCCAUUACUACACAGAAAGUUAUUUUCAAUUAUGGCACUACAGUUGUGUUGUGCAAUUUAUAGGCCAAAAAAAUGUGAACAUGGUCCUGUAGCACUCAGGUUUGGCAAUAGCAUUAAACAGAAAAUGUUAAAGUUUUAUUCCCUGUAAAGUACACAGUGUCCAGUUGUAUAAAAUACAUUUCGUUAAUUUUAAGUUAAAGUGUUUUGUAGGUGUUGAUGUUGGCUCAUCUCUUUGUUGCUUCCCAUUAUGUUCUCUUUUUUUCAUCCUUAUCUCAGUUUUUCUGCCCUCUUCCGUUUGCCAGUAAACAUUCAGCUUUAGAAAAGUUACACACGCUCAACAACAACGUCUCGUCGACUCACAUAUUAACGCACACCCCUUUAUAUAAUCAGUGUUAUCUCCAUAAUAGGGGUGGGGCAUCUGAACAGCAACACAAGGCUGUCAACAACCAAAUCAAAGUGCACUUCCCCGUGCUGUUAUCAGAGGAAUGCUGCUGUGACCUCUUUUUGGGGAACUGGUGAGUCAUGAAAGAUUAACUUUAAUCAUAGCCAGACACAAAAGUAAACUGUUUACUGUAGUCUAUGUGUGCAACUCAUUUUGAUUAUAAAUUCUCCAGAAAUUAAUUGUGAUGGGGUCAAGUCGAACAAAGACACUUCUUGGCUGUCUUUCUGUUUUGGUCUUGAAUAUCAAAGAGGUGGGAACCUGGGGGAGUUUUCCGUUUGUGGUUUUCCAUUGCGCACAUGGAAAACAACAGAGUGUUUUCAGCUUUGUCACAGUACCAACACCCUCCGAACCCCUGCGGGACCAUGACAUAAACAACUUAAUGCAACACGCCAAGCAGAGUCAACGCAUUAUUGAAAACUUUGCCUUUAGUGAAUCUUAGUGCCCUUCAGAGAAGAGGCCUGAUCAUAUUUUUUGUUAAUUUGACUGCACUGAUUGCUUGCCAGGAUGGAUUACAGAUAUAUUGCAAACAUCAAGUCCUCCAAUAAUUCCUGAUUGGCUUUUAGUGAAGCUGUCAUAACCUUUGACCCAACGCAGCCCACAAAACAAAAUCAUAAGAAUGAGCAGCGACAGAAUUGGACUGGAGCAGGAAGCGUUAAUCAGCAUUGACAAUGCAAAUAGUCUCUGACAGGACACACACAUUACAGUUUAUAAACACACUCAGCCUCUGGUCGGAGCUACAGAUCACUCACACUCAGGACUAAGAGCCGUGUCAAGCUUUGCGCCGACAUCCAUCGGACUCAUUCACACUAUUAAAUCUUUAAUGAUUACUAUUACAGUUAUAAGCUGUGGGUACCACUGCUGCUCUUAAAUGUGAUAUGAAUGUGGUAUGCUGCCUGUUGUAUGUAAUUGCGUUAUUUGUGGAUGAUGCACAAUAUUGCUUUUAUACAAAUAAAGCUAACAGAUUAAUACGAUUAUUUAAAUGUAUUGAAUUGAAUAAUAUAAAAUCCUCAGUCUUGACUUAGUACAUUU